AUGACAUAUUGGGAUCGUCGGGCUAAGGAAUUCUCUCCAAUUUGCUUCGAAGUCGUGGUCCUGUGGAGCCUCGUCGGGCUAAGGAAUUCAAUCGACGCACAUACAUUUGAUGUCGGAAUGGGAAAGUGGAGCCGGCUGAACAACGUUGUCUUAAUUUUCGACCGGAAUCACCCGCUCGUUUAUCGGUUCAUCGAGGAGUUCGCGAGGACGUUUGAAGGGAACAAGUGGGGGCAUAAUAACGAUAUGUAUUUGGGUUCGAGGGUCGGGGAAAGGGUGGUGGACGCUGGGGAUUCUGGUUUUAAUUUCAUGGUGAAGUCGCUGGCGGUGUUUCAUCCUGUAGAUUGGAGCAGGAUUUUGGCCCUGUUUCACGGUCGCGGGGUCGGGUUCAUGCGAGGUGGCUGA